AUGUCUGAAACCCCCAGUCCGGCCUUAUCAUCUACAUGGCGAACCGCCAAGGCAUGCCAGGAAUGUCGCAAGCGCAAGAUCAAGUGCAACGGAGUUGAACCGUGUAAGACCUGUCAGCUGCGUAAUACACCAUGCAUCUACCGCGAUAUCGUUCGACAACGAAAGAGGAAGCAGAGAGACAGGCCAUCGGAUAAUGGUGAAACUCCCCCGUUGAUUGGGGCCCCACGACCCGAGUCCAGUGCUCACCAGCUGUCCCCCGGGCUUCCACACAAACCGUCGGGGAAGUAUACAUUUUAUAAUAGCGUGUCAGCCACACAUAUGGCGUCGCCUUCCUGCAAAGUUCAACUGUACUAUGGACCAACUGCCCAUUUUGCUUUGAUGCAGCAGGUCUACAGAGACCUGAUGUCGAACCAAGCAGUCCAGGCGGAGGAGCCACAAGGGGAGGUCGAAGAAGCCGGAGCCGGGUUGGACCUGUUUAGUUUCCGGCGCAUCUUCUUUGGUACCCCCUCAGAAGCUCCAGAUCUGAGCAAGAGUUCAAACAUGUCGGGACUGUCGACGACCAUGUUUCUGUCGUAUGGUUUGGCCAAUACUUUUCUACAGCGCUUCUUGUCGACUUUGUUUGCUCUGAUACCAGUUCGAACCCAAAGUUUCUUCCAAGAACAACUGGAUCAGCUUUAUCAACCAUCUAUUGGCGCUGAACCAGAUGUUUCUUAUCAUGCAUUGGUUUUGUUGGCCCUUGCCAUGGGGUCGUUGGGGACGGAUCACUAUGCAUGGGGCGACGUGUUGUUCGAACGCGCCAAAGCGUCAUCAGCCGCGCUCGAUGAAGUAGUUAAUCUUCAGACGCACGCUCAUUACCAGAUGGAACAAGGCCGUCCUAACUCUGCAUUUAUUCAUUUGGGCAUCGGCGCUCGAAAGGCAAUAGCAGCUGGUCUGCAUAAGGAAAUACCAAGCCAAGAAGGAGAGACGUCAGAGAAUGUCGAGGAGCGUCGGAUGACGUUCUGGUACUUUUACUUUUAUGAAACUUGGAUCUGCUUUCACUUGGGGAGACCAAGCUCGUUAUCCUUGCGAGAUGUCACUGUCACGUAUCCAGAAGACCCAUUUCUGCUGGUGUUGCUUCAUCUGGCCAAGGCGAUUUGUCGAUCGGCGGACGAAAUUUACGGACAACGCCACGAGUCGCUCCUGCAGAUGUGGAAGAUUGCCAAGUCUAUAUCCAGUGAUCUGCGUGGGUACGACUGCCUUAUGAGGCAGGCCUUGGGAUUUGGCCUUGAUAGGCCCCCUCAGCAGGGAGUUUUGGGGGUUCGUCAAACAGUGUUGGUUACACUUUACUAUCAUACGAUCCUUUUGACUUAUCGCCCAUUUUUGAUAUUUCGUGGACGUUGGCAACGGGAUAUGAAAAGGUCGGCACAGGGUUCAGAGUCUAAUGCCGUGAAGCGUCCGACCGAGAUUCCUGCGUGGCUUAACGAAGCCUGCGCCAAUGUAUUAAAUUGUGCCAGCGCAACUAUCCAUCAUUUAUGUGGAGCAGCCUCUGUAAAUGAAUUGGUCAAGGAACUCCGGUAUCACGGAUUCUUCAUCGGAAGUUCUUCCUUUGCCCUUUUCUACAACCUAAUGCAUGAUGAGAGCGUCGCUUCUUCACAUCUUCCAUGGAUUCAUGCUGGUAUCUGGUAUCUUUCCACAGUGCGCCCCGGGGAUCCGAUUGAAAGCUCCAUAUCUGCUAUGCAGACUAUGCUGAAGAAACUCCACCCAUCUUACGAAUGGGUCGCACCAGAACGUACAAGACAGAUUCAUGGCGCCGAGAACACAUCAUCCUUUGCGACGCGUCCGUUCUCUAAUGAUACUUCUGGCUUUCAAGAGACUUCCAUGGGCUUCAACCCACCUGACGAGCAACUACCAGAAGCAGGAUUUCCGGUCCUACCAGAUUUGCAAACUGAUACCCUUCCGGGCGGCAUGAAGGUCUCUAGCGUGGGAAGCGGAGAGGAUUUGCUUGAUCUCACGCAGUCCGAUAUGGGUUGGGAUUUCGACUUUUCAACAAUGGACCUUGAAGAAAUCUUUUCCGUUUACCCGGGGACAGGGCCACCGGCGUUUUGA